ACAUAAAUACUUUGAAUUCAACUCUAGACGUUCAGUCGACUUUGUAAACCCCAAGCUAUCAGAUUGUCUUUGGAUCGGUGAUAUGUAUAACACUAAACUAUCUGCCGCGAUGAGUCGUUUACUGAUCAGAUGGAGCUGGCUGAUCACAGCCUGCUUUCUUCUGCUGAUCCUUCCUCCGCAAUUAGAGGCCGCAGAACCAGGAAAAGGAUUGAAGAGCUGCGGUGCUGGAAAGAUGUGCGUGCCUAGAAUGCUGUGCAACGAAGGCUUACUCAAGGAUCCCGGAUUCGAGUUGCUCGUGCCAAGGAUCAGCAACACGGAUAGCGGAUGCGCAGGCCUUCAGCGCUGUUGUUCAGUGGAUCAAGUGGAGUCUAUAUCAUAUCAAGGCGAGUCUUAGGUAUAUGGAAAAUGAGUAUCAAUAUUGAAUAACAAUAAAUAAUUAAAAUACAUACAUUUUUGCAUUAAAAAAAAAAUAAAA